AUGUUCAAAUACAUCACAUUCGCCGCCCUUUUCGUGAUUGCCACUGCUGCUCCAGGACUCAUCUCUCAACCCAUUGUGGCUAAAGUAGGAGCCGUUGUGCACACCGUUCCCUCGGCCACAUCCCACCAGUGCAUCACCCAAAUGCACAAUAUUGCCCAUAUUGUUACGACCGUAGCGAAAGCUGUGGCUCCAAUGGUUCAUGUUGUCCCAGUUGUAAAUACCUACUCUGCACCUGUAGUAUCCGUAGUCAAAACUGUUGCUCCAGUCGUCCCUGUGGUUCAUGCUGCUCCAUUUGCCCACUUUGUCAUUCGAAUUAAAAAGUCUUGA